UUUGUCACGAUGUUUAGGCCUCGGAGGAUAGAUAAAAACAUUAAUUAAACUACUAUAAGUUCCGGAUCGCUUGCAUAUGCAAGAAUCGCCGGAUCAGGCAGCAGCGUCUGCAAGCGCGCUCUCCUCUGCGUUUCAAAUCCAAAGGAAAGCAUUAAAAACCCCCCAGCACAUAAAUAAGAUACCCCAAUUGUCAAUUCCAGAUCUUGCUCAUUUAAACCCUAACCACACCAUUUUGUCUUGCAAAUUCGCAAUCAGGGUCAUCAGUUUUUCAACAGAGAACUCGUUCCCAUUUCGAAUGAGACGACGCUUUUCCAGUUUUUGUGGAUAGUCCUCGUUGUUUUCGUGUGUCCAUAGCUUUUGUAUGCCCGUGUGCAGUUCUUGUGUGUUUUUGUACAAGGGUCGGUGUUAAAGGUCUUGGAUUUGAACUGGGUCGGGAAGAAAAUGGAGGACCAGUGUGAUUCAGGAAGUGUUUCUGGUCGGACUUCGGCAUCGCCUAAAUCACAUGUAAAGUCGAGUGGGGAGAAGCACCAUCUGGUGACAGAGGAGAAACAUGAAGUCGCGCGCAAGCGUGUCAAAAUGCGGGAUUUGGAAUCCGUGUUGCGUCGCGAAGGAACUAACAACCAUCCUCCAAAAUCUGCAAAAGACAAGGGAGGCAAAGUUUCCUCUCAAUGUGGUGAAGGACUAGGCACGUCCCAGGUAACCGAGGAGCCAAUCACCUCUACUAUAAAUGGUUCUGAUGAAGAUGAAUCUGAAAGAAAUACUUUACCUGUGGAGGGUAAUUGUAAGCCUGCACAACUUGAUCUUAACACUGAAAUUUGCUCCGCCAACAAGUUGGAAAGUGAUGUCAAUCCUAAACAUACUGGAGAAACCAAGGAAACAGAUGAAGCCUCUUUGCUCAGACAGCAUGAAACAUCAAGUGAUCAUCAUGCAUACUCAAAGGGCCUUGACUUGAAUCUCAAUGCAGAAGACCUUUCCAGCUCGGUGAAUCUAAAUCCAUUUUAUCCUUACAAGAAUCUUGAUCAGUUGAAGCCUGCAGAUGCAUCUGAGUGUGCUAGUUCAACUGGUCCAUUGGAGGAGAAAGAUUCAUUGAGGCUUUGGAAGGAAAUGAAGCAAAAUGGCUUUCUCUCGUCCUCUCAUGGCGGCAUACCAAUCCCGAAGCAACGCGGUAGGAAGAGUAAGAAUGACGUUCUUAAGAAAAAGCUGGAGCUUGCAAAGAAAGAACAGGUAGAUAGGUUCACCAAGAUUGCUGCUCCUAGUGGACUCCUCAAUGAAUUGAACCCCGGGAUCAUAAACCAUGUUAGGAACAGAAAACAAGUCCAUUCCAUUAUAGAGGCAUUGGUGAGGUCAGGAAGGGCUGAAAAUAGCCAUGUCGGGAGUAAACACGGUGGUCAUUCGAAAGGUGAAACGAAAGAAAUUGGUAAUGGGAAGGGGUUGGGAUGUUCUGAUAAUUCAGGAAUGCACCAGCUCUCUUAUUCAUCUGAAAAUGUAGCUCCAAGUGCUUUAUUUGAGAGGAAGCAGACCACAGGAUUCCCCACGUUGAUGAUGAGCAAGUCUUCAUCUUUCAUUACAGAUCAUGAAGAAAAAGAUGGGGAUCUGGGCAUGGUAGGAGGUUUGUGCAAGAAGAAUUUUGUCUCAAACCCAAACAGUAUUAGUCAGGAUGACGGAUUGGCGCUGAGAUUGUCAUCAAUUACGAGUAAAGCAUCUGAGAUUACUUGGUCUAUGUCUAACGAAGACUCAACUACUUUUAGCAGUGUUACUUCACUUUCUGUUAAAGCUGCAACUGUUGCUUCUCAAUGGUUAGAAUUACUGCAUCAAGACAUCAAAGGACGUCUAGCAGCUUUGAAACGCAGUAAAAAGAGAGUUCAGGCUGUGAUCAACACAGAAUUGCCUUUUCUAAUAUCAAAGGAAUUCUCAUCUAAUCAAGAGAAUAAUCCUUACCCGACCAAUAGUCCGAUUGCUGACAUGCACCUAUCGAAAUGGAGUACCCUCUUUGGUCAGAUGGAUAAAGCGCUUUUUGAAGAGGAGCAACAGCUUGAAAUCUGGCUGAACCAAGUGAAAGAGAUGCAAUUGCAUUGUGAACAUGGCCUGCAACAUGUCCAGUGCAACGUGCCUUACAGUUCGGAGAACCUGGGAGCUACAGAUAUUGUUUCUAGAUCUAACAAGCCAGACACUUCCGAGAGAGAAUUAGCAGUUCGGGCGGCUGCAGCUUCCAUCUAUUCAACAUGCAAUUUUCUACUGGCAAAGGAGAACGUGUCCUGCUGUUGACUAUCGAUCUUCAACUGAAACUUUUUUUUUUUUUUCAUUCUUUUUGUAUUUGUCCUUUGAUCCCUACUUCUGCCUGGGUUACGUUCACAUGCUCUCGUGAACCGGCAUUGGACUUCAUCUAGUUGAGUAGGCUUUUUACUGACUGUCAAUGUAACAAUAGCAAUUUGGGUGACUAAUUUCGGCUUAGUGUAGUGUUAGAAGCUGAUAUUGUUCGAAGGUCAGUCUCUACUGAAGUUUAGUAACACCCUAACAGUGUUCAAGCAAUCUUGCUUGGAAGUAGAAUGGACAAAAGAAUAGAAAUUGGAUCUUCUUUUG